GGGUGUUAUUUGGUUCGGCGCGAAAAAGGAGCCAAAACUUUUGCAGAGAAUUUGUGUUUACAAUCAUCGGCUUUUGUUCUUCUGUAAAGUCUUAUGGUGGUCUUUAACAGUUCGUAUCCGAGAUUAAUAUGAUCCAGAUAAUUGACAACAGCGAAAUGAGACCAGAAACAACAAGCAUUAAAAACAACAACAACAACAACAACAACAAUGAAGCUUUACCCACGGCUUCUCUGCGGCUCCUGGCUCCUCCUCUAAGACUGGUCUCUGCCGCCAUGUGGAAAGUGAUGCAGCAGCGGGAUGCGAUGCACUACGGAAAGCUGGAGGAGUUUGUGACAUCUGUGUCCGAGACCGUACCUGGAUUGCUGAGUUAUAGACAUCAGGCCAAGCUUUGCGUGGGUCUGCGGGCACGUUUGAUUCUGGAGCAGCUCCGUGUGGCUCAGUCUCCUGACUGUGAGCUGAUUCUCCCCCAGCUCGAGAGACUGCGUGCUCCUGCUUUACCCAACAAUAAAAGAAUGAGGUCUGAUCAAAAAGUGGAGAUGGCUGUAAAGAACUUCCACACGCUUGUACGGACUCUGCUCGAGAAGCCAGCAGAGAGAGAGCAGUUCUUCAAGGAGGAGUUUGACUCUCAGUACGGGCCUCAGUUUGACUCUGCUCUGGAGAAGCUGCUGUGGGAGUUUCUGACCAGACUGGACCAGCUGCUUCCUGUCCCAGAUCUGGCUCAGACCGUAUCGUGGCUCACUGCAGCUCCAGCUGUUCUGGAAGAGUGUGCACGCUCUGCGUCUCAGCCACAACUCCUCAGGACUCUACUGCAGCACGAGAAAUGUCUCGGACACCUGGAAUCCGCAGCAUAUGUUCCCUCCUCUAUUGGAGAAUCUAUCCUCUCCUCGCUUUCCCUCCCUCUCUCAGGAAAAGUGCGAGACAGCAGUGAAUCAGGAGCCACUCCAACACCGAACCUGAUCCCAAGUCCCACCACAUCAACACAAAAAUCCAACAAGAAACAAGCGAGAGACUCUGUAUCCUACAUCCCACCGGUUAUUGGCUCAAUAUCAACUGCAGACAUCCUACACGAAGCUUCGACCAAUCAGAAUGUAGAAUCUCGAUCAGAAAAGGAAAGUGAUGAAGUAGAUACAGAGAGUUGUAUGUACACAAGGGUCAAAUCAAGGUCUUGUGAGAAGAAUAAGCAUUGUGUAGGAAAGGUGCUUGUCAAUCAAACACCUACACUGACGAGCGGUGAAGCUGAAGAGGAAGAUGAAUUUCAAAUCAGCCCAGUGAGAAGAAGCAGUAGGAAGAAUGGUGCAAAAGAUAAACAAGACACAAGGAACGGUGACAAAAUGCUGGAUUUGGGACAGAAGAGGAAAAGAAAAGCAUCACAGAGAAAUCCCCAGGAAACCAAGCCACAGGAAGACGAAGGUCUUCGUGCUGUCUUUGCUUCCUGUUUGAAACGUCAGCUCCGAGUCGUCAUUCCGAGACUGGAAAUAAAAGCUUCUGCUCAAACAGUGGACACCUCGAGCAAUGAGGACCAAACUACAGCGUCUCCGAGAGAACCUGCCGCUGAGGGUGUGUGUGCGGUGAGAUGUGUCGAUGCCAGGAAGCGAAAGAGGAAGCUCAGCCUCUCGGAGACUCCUGAGAAGAAUCUGAGCAUCAAUAUUGUUAAGCAAGUUUGUGCUGGCUCUCCCUGCAUCCCCACACUCACACCUUUAAGGAUGGAAAAUUCAGGAGUAACAAUUAUCGGCUCUGCAGAAGUCUGUCAACAUCUCAGACCUCUCACCGGUUCUCUCUGCUUGUCCUCUCUGGACACGGCGUCUUCUGUAACUCACUCCACAGAUGACCUUAUUGUAGAUUCUGAAGAUGAAGCCACUGAAAAAAUUAAAGGCAGGCUGUUUACAAAGCGAUACUGCAAGACAAAAAGUGACACAUAUAUUCCCACAUUACACGAGUUCUGGACUCCUGGUUUCUUCCGCCGUGAUUACCUCUCCCCGGGAUACGGGUGCAGAUGAGGUUUGGUUUAAUGACCAUUCGCCUGGAUUACAAACUUAUCUUUACUUACCUAAUGUAGCCGUCAUUCUUUUUUUUUUUUUUUUCAAAUAAAUGUUUUUAUACUUGUAGGCACUCAAAUCUUGUCUAAGAUUUUCUAUUUAUACAUUAGAUUUUUCCCAAGAAAAUAAGUUAGUUUUU